AUGUCUUCUCCAGUGGAAAUACUCUUGCGUUCGACACACAGUUUAUCCGAACCGGCUAAUCUUGCUUUUACGACAGUGACUGUGGUCUUGUUUGUUUUUUUGAGUUACAAGACAUUCAAAGCGAAAGCAUAUCGAUUCCAAUUGGCUCUCUUUGUCACUUUGCUAAGUUUGCGCAUCACUGUGUAUGCAUUUCGUGCUGCUCUGGCAAGAGACAAGAACCAGGGGAUCAAAUCGCCUAAAUUUAUCCAAUAUGGAGCAUCUGUUUUAUUGAUUGCCGGUUAUCUGUUCUUCGUUGAAGCAGUGAUGUCAUUAACAUUGGCAUGGAUCAUGAAAAGCAGGAAUAUACAAAUGUCGAAGAAGAGUUUGUACACCUUGUAUGCUUCAGAGCAUUUCCUUUGUUUGGUCGUCUCAAUUUUUGGCGUUGUUGGUGCAAUUCUAUUAACCGGUGCAAGUUCAGCAAAUGAUAUCAAAAACAGUCGAAUUCUCAGAGCGCUUUCAGGUGCUCUAUUUGCAGCUCUUACUCUUGCUUUGAUGAGCGUUACAGCGUUACACUAUACCGAACCUCAAUUCAAACUUUCAUCAAACAACAGAACCAAACACAGAAUGCUACAAAUGUGCAUUUUGUUACUUUUACAAACUUGCGUUUUGGUUGAAGCGAUUUAUCGAAUUUGGUCUGCUGUCAAAUUACAAGGUUUCAUCAUUGGAAGUGCUGCAGUUCCGGUUUUGGUGUUCUUACCGGAAACUCUGUCUGCUCUGGUCUUGUUGAUCGUUCCUUUGAAUAAAGUCACUGCUUCAGCGCAAGAUGCAAUGGAAGAAGAAUGA